CACGCCCAUUCCUCGUUCCCCAGAGCGACGGCCCAGUGGCCAGCCCCCGCCGCGCCACCUCCAUUCACUGCUCCCCGCCCGCGCCGGGCCGCGCGCACGGCAUCGCACGUAUUUAAGCGCGCGCCCGUGCGACCGACCCCUCUCAAGACACGCGAGCCGUGUACCGGGGCGAACGGCGAGCACGCACAAGGCACAACACACAAGAAGCGAAGGAAGAAAAAAAACAGAGGGGACGACGGAAGCCAUGGUGGUCACCGUCGAGAAGGACGCGGCGGGCGGCGAGCCGGCGCUGCUGCUGGAGCGCAGCCGGGCGAUCACGCUCCAGGGCCGCGACAGGAAGGGCCGCGCCGUCGUCAGGGUCGUCGGCAGCUACUUCCCAGCGCGCGCGCUGGGCGGGCGGGCGGAGGAGGCGCUGCGGGCUUACCUGCGGGAGCGCGUGCUCCCGGCGAUCGGCGACCGCGAGUUCGUGGUGGUGUACAUGCACUCCCGCGUGGACCGCGGCGGCAACUUCCCCGGCGUCGGCGCGAUCCGCGGCGCCUACGAGUCGCUGCCGGCCGCCGCCAAGGAGAGGCUGCGAGCCGUCUACUUCGUGCACCCGGCGCUCCAGUCCAGGCUCUUCUUCGCCACCUUCGGCCGCUUCCUCUUCAGCUCCGGGCUGUACGAGAAGCUGAGGUACAUGAGCAGGCUCGAGUACGUGUGGGCGCACAUGGACAAGGGGCAGCUGGAGGUCCCGGGCUGCGUGCGCGAGCACGACGAGGAGCUGGAGCGCCGCCCGCUCAUGGACUACGGCAUCGAGGCCACGGAGAGCCGCUGCGUUUACGACGCCGCGUCCAUGGACACCUCGGCGUCCCUGCACUCGCUCCGCUGCGUCUCCUAGCCGCUUCUGAACAAAAUAUGGCAUCUUGCUUCAAUGUUCUUGUUGUAGGUGGUAGUAUCGUAGUAUUAGCUUACCUUUCAGUACCCUAGUUUAGAUGUGUAAGUAAAUUAGCGAAAAGGAUAAAAGAGAUCCAAAUGUUUUUUGGACUCAGGA